CACGUUUCAAUGUGUAAUUACCACCUGUUAUGGCGUAAACGUUGCUGUAUUCACACGUGUGCAUGUACACUUCCCCUAAAAGAUCACUGUAGCUAGCUAGCUAACAGAACCUGUGCAGCCCAUUUCAGCUAAAGGUAAUAUGCGUCAAUGAAAAUAAUGACUAUAAUCGCGGGGAAAACGCCGAAAGAAAUGUGAUUUAAAACAUAUGAGACUAUAUUUGUUGAUAGCAGUGACCCUAAUGUCCCUCCUCACAGAGGUUGUACAAGGGGCUGACAAGAAAAAGCUCCAAAUCGGGAUAAAGAAGAGAGUGGAUAACUGUCCUAUCAAGUCCCGAAAAGGGGAUGUGUUGAACAUGCACUACACCGGAAAGCUGGAAGAUGGGACGGAAUUUGACAGCAGCAUUCCCAGGAAUCAGCCUUUUACCUUUACUCUGGGAACUGGACAGGUCAUUAAGGGUUGGGACCAGGGUCUCCUAGGAAUGUGUGAGGGGGAGAAGAGAAAGCUGGUCAUCCCAUCAGAACUUGGUUAUGGUGAUAGAGGGGCCCCACCCAAAAUUCCAGGUGGUGCCACACUCAUCUUUGAAGUAGAACUGUUGAGUAUAGAAAGAAGAUCUGAUUUAUAAUGACACACUUAGACUGUAGGUUUUAACCUGUCAAUACCAGUGUACUGUGGGAUCGGUGGUUUUCCUAAACUGUACAAGUACUGAAGCUGGUGAGUUCAUUGGUCUAGAAACUAGCAGUGUCAGGGGUUUUGGUGGGGAAGUAGUAUAUUUGAGAGAUGGAAAACAAAAACCUACAAGCAUGCACCUCUACAUUUGAUUUAGAAAAAAUUUGCUCAGUAAAAACAUCACCUUGGGCUCAACAUAUUUAGCACCAUUCUUUAUUUUCUUAAGAACCUUACUAGACACACUUGGUUGUAAGAGUGCAUACAGUACAGUAUUUCAUUCCAGCCAAACAGGGAUUGUAUGAUUGAGUUGUUGAGCUGAAUAAAAGUUAUGUACAAAAAAUGUCUGGCGGUUGAAACUUGAUUAAUUAUAGAGCUAGACCUUUACCUCACACUGGUGUCACAAUUCAUCGCUGGCUCCUACAUCACCUUUAGUAAAAUUCAUCUUGGCCUUCAGCCUACACACUAAGACUUGCUAAAAAAAAAAAAAAAAAAAAA